AUGGGUUAUGUGAAAAGCGGUUAUGCCACGCGGCCCAAUAAGCGAGCUAAAAAAGUGCGUGAGAAAGUGUAUUAUGAGCACAUCAGAAAGCACAGACAUAAAGAGCUGAAAUCGGCAGAGCGACAAGCCAAUGCCCUCGCGAAAAAACGGCCAGUACGGCUCCAAGAUCUGCCCCAGGACGUGCUCGAACGCAUUUUCGUGUUCUCCGGUCGCAAUAGCCCCCUCCCGCUUCUGAAUAGGCACUUUUCGCAGUGUCUUCAGCCCACGCCCUUUUUGAUCGAACAGUAUUUACGCGCCAACUUUGUCUCUGACGCCAAUGCAGCCCUCAAAACUCGUCUCGGAGACACUUACUGGCCCUGGUACGUUUUGGCCGACUGUGCCCUCGAAAAUCCCAUGUUCUUGCGGUACUUGAAUGCUACGCCCUCGUUUUUGAACCCGGUCGACGAAAUAGCUCCUGUGGAAGCUGAAGACCAGACACAGCAACUGAGACUUCAGCAGUACAAUGAGGGAACACUGAAGGAGCUGGCAACCCCCCUAUUGCCUCUUGAGUUCGAUCCAGCCACCAAUAAACCACUGCGAGAUUUCCCGGCAAGCGUGUACGAGUGGCCUGCCAUUUUCUUCGACAAUGAUAUUUCUGCGAAGCCAGUCGUGUACAACCAGCUGCUUUUGCGACUCCAUUUCGAUUAUGCUAUUCAGCACCCGUCAUGGGUCGCCGAAUCCAUCAUGCAUUGGUUCUUUCUCGACAGUCAUGGCGCCGCUCCACGGCUAGAUGUCAAUCAUCUUUUCUUUGCCCUCAAUCUGAUCAUCCACAUAUCCGUGCAAGGCAAGCGCAGCUUCGCUGAUUCGCACCCGUUGGCUGUUUUCAUCGAUUUCCUGUACGUUUCGGUGACUCCCCACUUGCUGCAACUGUUGCUGUGCGAGAAACUCGAUGAUGCGCAAUUGAUAAGCGCCCGCAAGGCGAAAAUGGUCAGCAAGUUUAUCCGGAAGUUCUGUUCCCAUGACUUCGGUCUGUUAUGCGAGGACGAACUUUGGGUAUCGCUCAAUGCAAUCAAGGACCACGCUUUGGUCGAAACAAUCACCAAAUAUGGCGGUAAACCAAGUUUCAAUGUCGUAAAAUGA